UGUCUUUGUGUCUAUUGCGAAAAAGAGGCUGAUAUUGGGAUUUAAUCGAUUUACAGGCCGUUUAGUCCGGUACUGCUCUGCUAUCCUUCACGCCUUUCCGAAUCCAUGGAUUAGGUGUGCUAGAGACGGACCCUGAAGCCCCGCCACCCCUCGUGCAUCUACUGUACAAUACCUGGACGGCUGCAUUUCUACUAGAUACACCGCGCUAUUGCAGUGCCAAGGCCGUUCAUCGCCCCGUGUUCUGCGUUGGGUCUAUCCUGUGGGCGUGUCAUCUGUCCUCGUGGACAAGGGCACGAGCUCAUCCCUAUCAUCUGUGAGCUAGGUAGCAGCACAUCCGCUAGCAAGCCUACUACACUCUCUUCAAACACCUGUAUCCUAUACAUCUCCACAAGGCCCACCAUGGAGGAUGGAAACAUGCAGUUACAGCCAGGUCGCAGCAUAGGCUUCAUGACCCUCGGUUGCUCACUGCACGAAGUACUGACGACCAUCAAAGCCGAAGUCAAGACCUUUCCGCGCUUCCAGCUCUACCACGACGACUUCCACCCUAUUUCGUCUGCAGUACAAGUCGUCCUCCCUGACAACGGUCUGCGCCUACAGUUCGACGGUCCUGAUCAGCGGCUACGCCUUAUUGAAGUGCUCGAUUUCGCAAAAGCCCGACUGGUAUACAAGGAUAUCGAUGUAUACAAGCCUGCAGAUGGAGGCUUCUCAGCGGGCCCGCCGGGUCCGAGGUUCAGGCAUGUCUACGACAAGCUACUAGGACCGACUUAUGGCGGAGAGUAUGUGCCACCAAAGUCGGAAGAUCCAAACGCAAUGGGAACAUACAACCUAUCAUAUCCAGGCAUAGCCUUUAAUUUUCCCGUGCAACACUCUGCGUAUUCCCCCAAGAAGGACUUCAUUUCGCUUCUGUCAUCUUCUGCUACCGGUCCGGCAACAUCCAUGGCCGUCUUCAAUGGGGAAUCAUGGCAGAAGGCUCGUGCGACUCUAUUUACUGCUCCUCCCUCGAACCCAAGAUCACUGAUGCUAGGCAAAGCGAAAGAUAGCGGACCAGAUGAGAUUGAAACAGUCAAGGUACAUGGUGAAGGCAGGAUAGAGCUCGUGAGACGUUCAAGUCCCCCGUUUUGGAUUAUUCUUAGCGAGACGACACCCCAAGAUCUGAUUAUGGAACUGGGAGCCCCGGAUUCAAUCUACCGCAAAAACGACCAUCGGCUAUCUAUCCACAAAGAUCGGAGAACAAGUGAUGCAUCAGAUCUUUCUCCUGGUGGUCUCACACCCGAUGAAGACUCAGAUCCAGGCUCAGCCAUAAGGAGCGACGAUGAGGAUGCAUGGGAAGACGAUGACGAAGCAGUUCUGGAAGCUCAGGAGCGGGAAAUCGCUGCAGCAGAGCACUUCUACAACUACUAUCACCACGGCUUCGACAUAUUGAUCUCACAGCCCACGCAGAUUUCCCCACCUUCGCCAACUGCUGAAAGGCAAGAGAGUGACGUACAGGACGCAGGAGAACUCAGCGCGCAGCCUCUAAACCAUCUCACCGCAACCAAGGUAAUAUUCCAUGGAAAUAUCCCAGGAUCAUACCAGUUCAAUCGACAUCGGAGAAGUAGAUGGUCUCUUGAACAUGUCCCCUCAGCCAUGUACCGCGAGCCGCUUAAUUCUGAAAUGGGUUUCGGUGAUAUCUCCGGACGUUUGAAGGAGGUCUUCAAACCGCACUACGAAAACGAGGAGCAAGAGCGAUUACAACAGCGCGGUAUGGCUCUGAACCGUGGUUGGGGCGACAGUCCCGGGAGCAGCUGCGAACUUCUUGGAGGAUGGGAAGACAGUUCAGGAAGAAAGAGCAAAUUUGCCAAUGCUGGUAGUGUACUCAUGGAGGGUGUCACGGACGUGGGUAACGUGGAGUUAUUCGGAUUUCCUGGCAUGGUAUUCGAAGUGCUCAAGAAUGGGGCUGUGAGCUCUUUGACUGUUUACUGAGAAUAUAUGAUAUGAAUUGGGAAUUGAGAGUUGAAAGGCGUUCAGGAUACGGGUAUUGUAUGAAUGACAGACGACCAUAACAGCUUAGAUACCACAAAGAUACGUUAUUUUUGCCACGUAACUAUGAGUAGUUAGCAUAUUCAAGUAAUUGCAAAUACACUUGGUACCGCAAUGCAACUUAUCACCCC